GUAACUAAUAAUUUUAUUAACUUGUUAUAAAAUGUAAAAGCGAGCUAUACAAAUUCUUUACAUUGAUUCAAAAUCCAUUUGAGGUUCAGAGCUCUCUACCAAGGAGGGCAAUGACGAUUAACGUGUAUGUCUGGACUUGGUGGAUAAUGGUUGUUGAUGUUGUUGGGUUGGCACCAAAAAUUUAUUUUGAAAAAAAAAAAUGACAUAAUGGGCUUACUUGUCUCUAUCGGCCCAGACACACGACGAAGCCCACGAACCAAUGGCAUUUUCGCGGUUAUCAGGCAGCACAAUGGGCAAUUUACCAAGCUUUCGCCUUCGUACAUAAAGCGAGGAACCUUCAUUUUUAGGGUUUCUCACUAAACCAGCGGCAAGGAGAAGAAGGCAGGACGAAGAUCAGCCGCCGCCGCCGCCGCCAUGGUUCUCAAGACCGAGCUCUGUAGGUUCAGUGGCCAGAAGAUCUACCCAGGGAGAGGCAUUAGAUUUAUCCGUGCUGAUUCUCAGGUGUUCCUCUUUGCCAACUCGAAAUGCAAGAGGUACUUCCACAACAGGUUGAAGCCAUCCAAACUUACAUGGACAGCAGUGUUUAGGAAGCAACAUAAGAAGGACAUUGCUCAAGAGUCUGUGAAGAAGAGGCGCCGUGCUACUAAGAAGCCAUACUCUAGGUCCAUUGUUGGUGCAACCUUGGAGGUCAUCCAGAAGAGGAGAGCAGAGAAGCCUGAAGUUCGUGAUGCUGCCAGAGAAGCUGCUAUCAGAGAAAUCAAGGAGAGGAUCAAGAAGACUAAGGACGAGAAGAAGGCGAAGAAAGCCGAAGUGACCAAGUCGCAGAAGUCACAGUCCAAGGGUGGUGCUUCGAGGAAUGCCCCGGCCAAGGGUCCUAAGCUAGGCGGUGGAGGUGGAAAGCGCUGAACAAUCUCUAGCUAGCUUGCGUUUCUUCAGGGUUCUGUUUUGCAGACGGUGGGAGAGGACCAGAUAGUCUUGGACUCUUGGUUGUAGUUUUUAAUUUGGUAUUUUUGUCAGAAAGACUCGGUGACUCUAAACCCCAUUUUUGUUCACCUCUUGUUGUUACCAACUUGAAUUUCGAGUUAAGGAAGAUUUUUAAUGUCGCUUUUCUGUUGGAUCUUAAGAUUGUCUACUUUUAUUUGUUUUUGCAGUCAUCUACAAAUGCAAUACGGUUUCAUGGUGUUGAUUUUGUCCUCAUUUCUGUUAAUCCUAAUUGUCGGAAGGGAAAAUGAAACAGAAGCUCAUAGCCUGUCCUUUGUAAUUCACUAUGUUUGGUUAAAACUUAAUAAUAGUAAUACGUGAAUGUAAACUCAACUCCUAAAGCUUUUUCUUGGUUGGCCCUGAAUAUAACCAUUACCAAAUCUACAUUGACUCGAAUAUUAUACGAUUAGGUUUUUGGUUCUAUAAAUCUCAUGACUAUUGAAGAAAAAUCAUUUGAGUUGAUUUUUGGUUCGGUGUGUCAAAUCGAAGCUAAAGCAUUGAAUACAAUGAUAGUCCAGUUAUUAAUAUUCCAAUAACUUUUAUCAUUGAUA